AUGUCUAACGAAAUGGAGGUUGACCUGCCCGUCGCCCAAGACGAGGGCUCUGAGCAGUCUGGCCGCGGUGUCGAGCCUCGAACUCAGACUGGCGCCGUCGCAGUGCGCAGUAUCGAAGGGUGGAUUGUGAUGGUAUCGAACAUUCACGAGGAAGCCUCAGAGGAGGAUAUCACCGAUAUCUUUGCGGAGUACGGCGAGAUUAAGAACUUCAGUCUAAACCUGGACCGGCGGACAGGUUAUGUCAAGGGAUACGCCUUGAUCGAGUACUCGACCCUCCCUGAAGCCUCCGAGGCCAUCAAAAACCUGAAUGGCACCAAGCUCCUUGACCAGACACUCAGCGUCGACUACGCUUUCGUCCGCCCUCCCCCAUCAAGCAAGGGCAAAGGUCCUGGCAAGAGUAUUCGUGGCGCCGCUGCCCGGGGCCGCAGCCGUAGUCCUGGUCGCAGUGGCAGCCCAGGAGGUGACCGAGACUAA